GCUGUCACUCGCGCCCAGGAAGUGCGUCCUGUGCGUGCGCAGGCGGGCCCCGGGAAGUGUCGCCUGCCGGAGCCGGCUCUCGGGCGGUGGCGGUGGCGCCGGGCCCCGGCCUUCUGGGCAGCCGCGCGCUCCUACCCUCGACCUCCCCUCGCUGGCGGCGACCGGCCCCGGCUACAGCGGGCUCGGGGCGUGCGGCCAGGUUUUUUGUCACACCUUGACCAUGAGCCCCACACAGUGGGACUUCCCUGUGGAAUUAUGUUGUCGGCCUAUGGCUUUCGUAGCUCUUACAGGCCUGGAUGUAGUUUAUAAUGCUGUCCAUCGCGCUGUCUGGGAUGCUUUCUGUGCCAAUCGGAGGGCUGAUCGGGUUCCGAUUUCUUUCAAGGUGCUCCCAGGUGACCAUGAGUAUCCUAAAUGUAGAUCCAAGAGAACUUCAUAUGAAUGGUACAUUCCUAAAGGGAUCUUAAAGACUGGCUGGAUGAAUAAACAUCUGAAUCUGGUGCCAGCCCUAGUGGUUGUGUUCUACGAACUGGACUGGGAUGAGCCCCAGUGGAAAGAGAAGCAGUCAGAGUGCGCUACCAGAGUGGAAAUAGUCAGACAAAGUUUACAAGGGAGAAACACAAAAGUUGCAGUGGUUCUGAUUCAGAAGAAAACCCCUUUGCCUCCAGGAGAAGAUGUCAUUGCUUCAGAAAGGGCUGCAGCUCUAUGUAAUGCGUGUGAACUUUCAGGGAAGUCUCUGUUUGUACUGCCACACACCGACCACCUUGUGGGUUAUAUUAUAAGAUUAGAAAAUGCCUUUUAUGAACAUGCACAGACUUAUUACUACAGUGAGAUCAGAAGAGUGAAAUCUCAUAAAGAAUUUUUGAAUAAAACAACACACCAGCUUUUAUUUGUUAGACAUCAAUUCAAAAUAGCUUUCUUCAGUGAAUUGAAACAGGAUACACAGAAUGCUCUGAAGAAUUACAGGACUGCCUAUAAUCUUGUACAUGAAUUGAGAGCCCAUGAAACCAAUAUUCUGGAAAUUAAGACUAUGGCAGGAUUUAUUAACUACAAGAUCUGUAGACUGUGUUUUCAGCACAACACCCCGUUGGAUGCAAUUGCUCAGUUCCGAAAACACAUCGACUUGUGUAAGAAAAAAAUUGGAAGUGCAGAGUUGUCUUUUGAGCACGCUGCAUGGAUGUCUAAACAAUUCCAGGCCUUUGGAGAUUUAUUCGAUGAAGCUAUUAAGUUAGGAUUGACAGCUAUUCAAACUCAGAAUCCCGGGUUCUAUUACCAGCAGGCAGCAUACUAUGCCCAGGAGCGGAAACAGCUUGCAAAAAAUCUCUGCAGCCAUGAAGCUUCUGUAAUGUAUCCCAAUCCUGAUCCCUUAGAAACACAAACAGGUGUUCUUGACUUUUAUGGACAAAGGUCCUGGCGACAAGGAAUACUAAGUUUUGAUCUUUCUGAUCCUGAAAAAGAGAAGGUGGGAAUUCUUGCCAUUCAGCUCAAGGAGAGAAGUGUUGUUCACUCUGAAAUAAUAAUAACUCUUCUGAGCAAUGCUGUUGCACAAUUUAAGAAGUAUAAAUGUCCAAGAAUGAAAAGUCAUCUCAUGGUUCAAAUGGGAGAAGAAUAUUAUUAUGCAAAGGAUUAUACCAAAGCUUUGAAGUUGCUGGAUUAUGUAAUGUGUGAUUAUCGGAGUGAAGGAUGGUGGACUCUACUCACAUCUAUAUUGACUACAGCUCUGAAGUGUUCCUACCUCAUGGCCCAAUUAAAAGAUUACAUUGCCUACUCCCUAGAACUCCUUGGAAGAGCUUCAACCCUGAAAGAUGACCAGAAAUCUCGGAUAGAAAAGAACCUCAUAAAUGUUUUAAUGAAUGAAUGUCCAGAUCCUGAGCCCGACUGUGACAUCUUAGCUGUGAAAACUGCUCAGAAGCUGUGGGCGGACCGAGUCUCCCUGGCUGGCAGCAAUGUUUUCACAAUAGGAGUGCAGGACUUUGUGCCCUUUGUACAAUGCAAGGCCAAAUUUCAUGCUCCAAGUUUUCAUGUGGAUGUUCCUGUGCGGUUUGAUAUUUAUCUGAAGGCUGAUUGUCCACAUCCCAUUAGGUUUUCUAAGCUCUGUGUCAGCUUUAAUAAUCAGGAGUACAACCAGUUCUGUGUAAUCGAAGAAGCAACCAAAGCAAGUGAAGUUUUAGAAAAUGUGACUCAGGGAAAGAUGUGCUUAGUUCCUGGUAAAACAAGGAAGUUUUUAUUUAAAUUUAUUGCAAAAACUGAAGAUGUCGGGAAGAAAAUUGAGAUUACUUCAGUGGCUCUCGUUCUGGGCAACGAGGCAGGAAGAUGUGUGGUUGUAAACUGGCAGGGAGGAGGAGGAGACGCUGCGUCCUCCCAGGAAGCCUUACAGGCCUCACGCUCUUUCAGAAGGCGGCCUAAGCCCCCCGGCAGUGAGGUCCACUGGGACAGCGUGGCCAUCCAGGCAAGCACGAUGAUCAUUUCUAGAGUUCCAAACAUUUCUGUACACCUGCGACAUGACCCACCUGCCCUGACUAAUGAAAUGUAUUGUUUGGUUGUGACCAUUGAGUCUCAUGAGAAGACCCAGGUCAGAGACGUGAAACUCACUGCUGGUUUAAAACCCGGACAGGAUGCCAAUUUAACUCAGAAAACUCACGUGACUCUUCAUGGAACGCAGCUAUGUGACGAGUCCUACCCGGCUCUGCUCACUGACAUUCCUGUCGGAGACCUACGCCCAGGGCAACAGGUGGAAAAAAAGUUGUAUGUUCGCUGUGGAACAGUGGGUUCAAGAAUGUUUCUUGUGUAUGUUUCUUACCUGAUCAAUACAGCCAUUGAAGAAAAGGAAAUUGUUUGCAAAUGUCACAAGGAUGAAACUGUAACAAUAGAAACUGUCUUUCCAUUUGAUGUUGCAGUUAGAUUCGUUUCUACAAAGUUUGAGCACCUGGAACGGGUCUAUGCGGACAUCCCCUUUCUGUUGAUGACAGACCUUCUGAGCACGUCACCGUGGGCCCUCACUAUUGUAUCCAGUGAGCUACAGCUUGCCCCUUCUAUGACCCCGGUGGGUCAGCUAGAGUCCCAAGUGGACAAAGUUGUCUUACAGACCGGAGAGAGUGCUAGUGAAUGCUUUUGUCUUCGGUGCCCGUCUGUGGGGAAUGUUGAAGGUGGCGUAGCAACUGGGCAUUAUAUUAUCACCUGGAAAAGGACUUCAGCCAUGGAAAACAUCCCUGUCAUCAGUACUGCCAUCACUCUGCCCCACGUCAUCGUGGAGAACAUCCCCCUCCAUGUGAACGCAGAUCUGCCAUCAUUUGGGCGUGUCAGAGAAUCGCUGCCUGUCAAGUACCACCUGCACAAUAAGACUGACUUAGUGCAGGACGUGGAGAUUUCUGUGGAUCCUAGUGACGCCUUCAUGUUCUCAGGUCUUAAACAGAUUCGAUUACGCAUCUUACCUGGCACUGAACAGGAAAUGUUAUAUAAUUUUUAUCCUCUAAUGGCCGGAUACCAGCAGCUGCCAUCUCUCAACAUCAACUUACUUAGAUUUCCUAACUUCACAAAUCAACUGCUCAGGCGUUUUUUACCUACCUGUAUUUUUGUAAAGCCACAGGGUCGACUCACGGAUGAUGCCUCGAUCGCCGCCGCGUGAUGUUCAAGACCGACUGGCUCCUGGCUAUGCUUAGGGAGAAGUUGGACAGAGCUGUAUAAGUUUUUCAUUGUGAACUAUACUUUUGAUCAUGGUAAAAGUUAAUCUUUUCUAUUUUUUAAUGGAUGUUAUACCAACUCUUCAGAGGAAUUCAUGCUUAAAGUAUUAGGAAAAUCUAUCCUCUCUUAUAGUUUCACUAAUAAAAUUUAAAAUCAGUGUGACAUGAAAGGAUGUCAGACCAUUGUUACUGUCGAAAGUCAUUUUAUGAAUAGUAAAUUCUUUUAAAAAUAAGUUAUUUGCAUGUGCAAUAUCAGAGGAAAAUUAGGCAUCCCAAAUAUGACUGGACAAGGAGGGGAAAAUGCACCAGUAUCUUCCCCAGGAAGGUUCUGGAUCCCUGUGAGUCUCAGAGUUCACUGAGCUGAAGAUAAAUCCGUCCUCAUAAAUUCAGCAUGUGCUCAGAAUACAUCACAAGUUAUACAGAAAAGUUCCAGAAAGGUUUAUUCAAAGCCAUGUAAGUUAUCUAAAAAAAUCUUUCUUUACCAUCAAAACAUCAAAUGGACUGAACUCACAGCCAAAAGGAGGAUCAUUUUUGAAGCAGGUUUGUAUUUGUAAGUGUGUUAACAAGAUCUUCAUCUGUAAGGAUCUGAACUGCAAGAAUCCGAGUAUCAGCAUAAUUUCCUAACUAAAACUUUUUGAAGAAGAAACAAGUCUAAAUAAGUGCUUUUGGUUAUGUUGUGCAGUUUCAAAAGAACUAUUUAAAGCUCCUGAAAAUUCAUGUAAAUAAAAAUCACAUUGUUAAAAAGUGUUUUUUUUGUUAACAUAUCUUAAUUUAAAGAUACCUGAUUUCCUGGAAAAUUUUAUUAUUUAAAAGUACAGGAGUUGUAAAAAGGAAAUAGUGAUGUAAAUAAAUAUGUUCUCUUUCAAAUAUG